GACGGACCUGUCGACCGAUUACAAACCGUACCUCUGAGUCUGAAUUUCUUGUGCAUUAGGCAAGUAUUGUACAUGUACAUCGGACGCUAGCCUACAAGAACAAGCACGUGCUCUUAUUCCCACACAAACACAUAUAGACCCAUGGUGCAUGCAUGCAUGUACUAUCUUGUGAGCUUCUGGCAGACGGCAGAAUGGCAAAAGUGCGGCUAAGUGCAGGAGAAAAGACUUUUAUUAUACAUGGUGUGCAGGAUGGGCUGCGCACUGAUGGACGAAGCUGUGAUGCAUUCCGACCCAUGGAACUGGAGUGUGGUGUUGUUUCCAACACCAGUGGUUCCGCCCGUCUCCGCCUCUCAAACACCGAUAUCCUGGUUGGUGUCAAAGCCGAGAUGGGCAAGCCCCGACCUACACGUCCCGGCGAGGGCUACGUGGAGUUCUUCAUCGACCUCUCGGCCAAUGCGUCCCCGGAGUUCGAAGGUCGCGGUGGAGAGGAGCUGGCCACAGAGAUCGCCAACACGCUCUCCUCGACUUAUGACCUCACCAGCGUAUUGGACUAUACUUCACUCUGCGUUCUGCCAGAGCAAUGUUGCUGGGUACUGUAUGUGGAUGUGGUGGUGUUGGAAUGUGGAGGCAACUUGUUUGACGCUAUCGGCAUCGCUGUGAAGGCUGCUUUGUACAACACCAGAAUACCAAAGGUCAAAGUUCAAGAUGGGGAGGGUCAGGAGGAGAUUGAAGUCUCUGACGACCCUCACGAUGUCGUUUUAUUGGACACUAGCAACAUGCCUGUACUAGUCACCGUCAGCAAGGUUGGCCAGCAGCACGUCGUGGACGCCACACUGGAGGAAGAGGCCUGCUGCCUGGCCUGCAUCGUCAUGGCCGUCAACCCAAAGGGUGCCCUCGUUGGCAUGGAAAAGAAAGGUGCCAGCAGUCUCACACUGAACAGCAUUCAGGAUAUGAUUACGACGGGCAAGAAGGUAGGCAUGAACCUGAACAGUAAUCUGUCGUCUGUGCUGCAGGAAAUUGGUCAGAACACUUCCAGCACUGGGCUUCUGUCAUGAUCCUUCAAAUGUUCUCCUGUGAGGGUCACAAGAACUUUCCAAAACUGAAAUGGAAUUGCCCAUUUGCUACGUGCACAACCCUGUAGGGGGCGCUGCUUGCGGCAAGCAGUGUGUCACCUCAGAGAGACAAUCACUGCACUGCCACUGCGGUGCAUGUUAACUACAAGAUCCGUCACCUUGUUUGCAGAGAUUAAUGUGCCAGCUGAUUUGCCAUCGUUUUAAUAGGAUUCAUCCAUAAAUGGUGACACUGAAUUAGAUGCAACAUUGGUCUUGUGUGGUUUGGAUGCAUCCAAGAUACAUAGUGCAUCUUCCAUCUCGCUACGAAUGGGGAAGGAGUCAUGACCUGAUUACAACACUGAUUUUUUGGAAACCUAGGGUUACCCAGUCUCUUUGAAAUCCCACCCGGCUUCCCCUUUACCAAGGACCAUCCUCACUAUAGAACAGUGAAAUUCUUCAGAUGAAAAUGGGACACGAGGCUACAUGUGAAACACUCGUUGCUUGUCCAGAUUGCAACAAACUAAAGAAAAAAGGCAGUUUUUGAAGAUGUGGAUCAUUUUAGAGAUCUCAUAGACCAAUAAAGUAAACCAAUUCCUUUGCUGAGCGAUUUAAA